AGCACGAUAAACCUGAGCCAUUGCGGCAAGUCUAGCGCAGAGAGUAGAGGGUGCUGGAGAUGCCAGACGCUUGGUUCUGAGGAGGGAUUUGCAACGCAAUGGAGCGUGGAAGGGAUCGUUUACACUUGAGAAGAACUACUGAACAGCACGUGCCAGAGAUUGAGGUCCAGGUCAAACGUAGAAGGACAGCCUCACUGAGCAACCAAGAGUGUCACUUGUACCCACGGCGUUCUCAGCAACAGCAAAUUCCUGUGGUGGAUUUCCAGGCAGAACUGAGACAGGCGUUCUUAGCUGAGACACCAAGAGGUGGUUAAAGCAGUAUUGGAACUUCAAGGUGGUGGAAGUCAACAAAAACAGGACCUAUCCACUGUUUGUGAAACUUUGGUCAAGCUUACACUGUGUUAAUUGCCUGCAUCAAACCUUUAUUUAUUGCCCUUCCCCAAGUAUUAAGGAUCUUGAAAUUUUAGUGUUGACAACUGCUAUUGUGGAACAGCAAUCAUGACUGUGGGUAAGAGUAGCAAGAUGCUGCAGCAUAUUGACUAUAGAAUGAGAUGUAUCCUGCAAGAUGGAAGAAUCUUCAUUGGCACCUUUAAGGCUUUUGACAAGCAUAUGAAUUUGAUCCUCUGUGACUGUGAUGAGUUCAGGAAGAUCA